GCAGUGCUGUCUACUCAGAGGAAAUGAAGUAAGUCAGGUUCAUCCUGCUGGUUUUUAUUUACAGGGUUUCCGAGAGGCGCUUGUACAUUAUUCACAUGGAACGAUCCUUAACGACGGACUGCAAUGAUGAGCACACAGUAGUCUCUGACAAUUAAAGACGUGACAUAAGCUGCGUUGAGAGACAGAGACCCAAUCACAGCAGACACUAUGGUGAAGGGGAAGAAGAAAUUAAAUGAUCCGUCAGGUAGAAAAAUCACACUCAAGAUGGCAAAGAAAGCUCUGAAGGUAACUAUAGAUGGCAAACGUCGUCUGGACCUCAGCAACAUGGACAUUGAAACCUUCCCAAAGUGCAUAUUAAAGCUCUGCGAUGUAGAUGAGCUGGACCUCAGCCGCAACUUGCUCAAGAAGAUUCCAGACACAAUUGACAGGUUUGUUAACCUUCGGUGGCUGGACCUGCACAGCAACCAUUUGGAGCAGAUACCUUCAGCUAUAGGACGUAUGCAUAACCUCUACAAUCUCAAUCUAUGCAACAACCAUCUGACCACAUCGGGCCUGCCGCAUGAGCUGGGGCUCCUGAGGAACCUAUGGAUCCUCAAUCUGGGAAUGAACCGCAUUGAGACCCUCCCUCCCUCCAUGGCUGCUCUCAAAGAGCUUCGGGAGCUGGGGCUUUUCAACAACCUCUUGACACAUUUGCCCAAGUGCCUCCAGAGCCUCCCAAAACUACAAAAGGUGAACAUCAAGUCUAACCCCAUCGCUACAGAUGACCCUCAAGAGGUGGAAUCCAUCCAGAGAGUGGAUUGUCUGUACUUAGUGAGGGAGGACUAUCUGUGUGUCGACUGCUUGAAAAGGUGUAAGGAGGAAAGGGAGAGGUUAGACAUUCAUGUGAGUGCAGCUUUUACACAAAAGAAGUCCAUCUUUGGUGGGCUUAUUACACCAAAUUCUGUAGCACAAGAGAAUCAGGCUGUAUGGAGGUGAAAUGUAGAAGUGCUGAAUUAACCUGUGAAUCCCCAAAAGAUUCCAAAUCCAUCUUGUCUGAAAGG